AUGUCUGACAAAAGUGACUUGAAAGCUGAAUUGGAGCGCAAAAAACAGCGUUUGGCACAGAUUAGAGAAGAGAAGAAACGUAAGGAAGAGGAAAGGAAAAAAAAAGAGGCUGAUCUGCAGCAGAAGAAAGAGCCGGUCCAGGAUGACUCGGAUCUGGACCGCAAGCGUCGGGAGACGGAGGCCCUGCUGCAGAGCAUCGGGAUCUCCCCCGAGCCCCCACUAGUGCAGCCUCUGCAUUUUUUAACAUGGGAUACCUGUUAUUUUCAUUAUUUAGUCCCAACCCCUAUGUCUCCCUCCUCGAAAUCAGUCAGCACUCCCAGUGAAGCUGGAAGCCAGGACUCGGGAGAUCUGGGACCAUUGACAAGGACCCUGCAGUGGGACACAGACCCCUCAGUGCUCCAGCUGCAGUCAGACUCAGAACUUGGAAGGCGACUGCAUAAGCUGGGGGUGACGAAGGUGACCCAAGUGGAUUUCCUGCCACGGGAAGUGGUAUCUUACUCCAAGGAGACCCAGACCCCGCUUGCCACACAUCAAUCUGAAGAGGAUGAGGAAGAUGAGGAAAUGGUGGAACCUAAAAUUGGCCAGGAUUCAGAAUUGGAAAAUCAAGACAAAAAGCAGGAUGUGAAGGAAGAGAAAGCCCCUCCCAGAGAGCUGACAGAGGAAGAGAAGCAGCAGAUUCUGCAUUCCGAGGAGUUCCUCAUCUUUUUUGAUCGAACAAUUCGCGUCAUUGAGAGAGCUCUGGCCGAAGAUGCGGACAUCUUCUUUGACUACAGUGGUCGAGAAUUAGAGGAGAAAGAUGGGGAUGUCCAGGCUGGAGCCAACCUUUCUUUCAAUCGCCAGUUCUAUGACGAGCAUUGGUCCAAGCAUCGAGUGGUCACGUGCAUGGACUGGUCUCUCCAGUACCCUGAGCUGAUGGUCGCUUCUUACAACCACAAUGAAGACGCUCCCCACGAACCAGAUGGAGUGGCCUUGGUUUGGAACAUGAAGUUUAAGAAAACCACCCCAGAGUAUGUCUUCCAUUGUCAGUCUUCUGUGAUGUCGGUGUGUUUUGCCCGUUUUCAUCCAAACCUGGUGGUUGGUGGGACGUACUCCGGCCAGAUUGUCCUCUGGGACAAUCGCAGUCACCGAAGGACACCAGUGCAACGGACGCCCUUGUCAGCAGCUGCACACACACAUCCUGUGUACUGUGUAAAUGUUGUUGGGACCCAGAAUGCUCAUAACCUCAUCACUGUCUCCACUGAUGGGAAAAUGUGUUCCUGGAGCCUGGACAUGCUCUCCACGCCACAGGAGAGCAUGGAGCUGGUGUACAAUAAGUCGAAGCCUGUCGCUGUUACCGGAAUGGCUUUCCCAAUGGGAGAUGUCAAUAACUUUGUGGUUGGCAGUGAAGAGGGCACAGUCUACACAGCUUGUCGUCAUGGAAGCAAGGCAGGCAUUGGUGAGGUCUUUGAAGGUCACCAAGGACCAGUGACGGGAAUUAACUGCCACAUGGCAGUGGGCCCCAUCGAUUUCUCUCACCUGUUUGUCACUUCAUCAUUUGACUGGACUGUCAAACUGUGGACCACAAAGCACAACAAGCCACUCUACUCCUUUGAAGACAACGCGGACUACGUGUACGACGUCAUGUGGUCCCCCGUGCACCCUGCGCUCUUCGCCUGCGUCGACGGGAUGGGGCGCCUGGACCUCUGGAACCUCAACAACGACACGGAGGUUCCAACAGCGAGUGUCGCCAUUGAGGGGGCAUCUGCCCUGAACCGCGUCCGUUGGGCCCAGGCUGGCAAGGAGGUCGCAGUGGGGGACUCUGAAGGCCGCAUUUGGGUCUACGACGUCGGAGAGGUACUUGCAGUGCCACACAAUGACGAAUGGACCCGGUUCGCCAGGACCCUCGUGGAAAUCCGCGCCAACAGAGCGGACAGCGAGGAAGAGGGGGCAGUGGAGCUGGCUGCCUAGAGGCCACGGGGACCUCCCGCCGCAGCCCCC